AGUAGAUGUCCUCUGCUGUCAAAAGGGAGAUACUAAAGCUGUGGCUGGACUGGGAAGCAGACCCCGCUAUGUACUGGAGUAUCCUCGCAACAAUGUGUACAAGUUAGCUCGUGUGUUGAAUGGAGGAGCGGGUGCUGCACUGACAUUAGCUGUGUGUUGUUAAAAAGUCAUUAAGAUCUUUGGUCAGCCUGGCUUGAAUGCUAGGUGGCUAACACCGUGGGGCUAGCGUCUAAAAAUGCUAAAGAUAGCUAGCUUUAGCAUAGCUAGUAGACUGAAUUAAUCUGUGAAGACUUGCGGUCGUGGGCGAAGAGAAAGGAAAUCGCUGAUACGAUUAAACCUACUACAAUGUACCGACCAGCGUAACGCCGACUUUUACAGCAGUUCUGUCCAGCUCUGAGGUCUCAGAGGCAUGAUGAACUCCGUUUCCCCCAGCGCAGCACAGUACGUAGGGGGAGUGAUGCAGGAUGAGCUGGCAGAGAGCCGGAGGCAGCAGCCCAUGGAGCGGCAGGGCAGCUUCGGUCUCAGGCCGUCACAGACACCAGAUCCCAGCAGAGAGGCAACCGGAGAGCCUGAUGAGAUGGACAAACUGAAAGCCAAACUGAUGUCAGCAUGGAACAACGUCAAAUAUGGUUGGACUGUUAAGUCUAAAACCUCCUUUAACAAGAUUUCACCAGUUACUGUCCUAGGACACUCCUAUCUUCUUAACAGUGAAGACGAGGUGGAGCGGUUUCGUCUGGCUUUUGUGUCCAGGAUUUGGCUGACCUACAGGAGGGAGUUCCCUCAGCUGGAGGGCUCCACCUGGACCACAGACUGUGGCUGGGGCUGUAUGCUGCGCAGUGGGCAGAUGCUGCUGGCUCAGGGGCUUCUGGUCCAUAUGAUGCCUAGAGAUUGGGCUUGGCCAGAUGCUCAGCAGCUAACCGACGUGGACUUUGAGGUCUUUAGACCGCGUUCCCCAGCACGGGCGGGAGGGGUCCCCAUUCCCUCCUUUGGCUCACCACGGGGAUCCAACACCCCUGAAAAGUCCCUGCCAGGUGAUCAGGCACCCAAAUGCAGCCAGAAAAAGAGACCUGAGUCUGCGAGGGACAGGCAGGCAGAGCCCAUCCACCACAGGCUGCUGACGUGGUUCGGCGACCAGCCCCCAGCACCUUUUGGGGUUCACCAGCUGGUGGAAAUCGGCAAAUGUUCAGGGAAGAAGGCUGGUGACUGGUAUGGCCCCUCUAUAGUGGCACACAUACUACGAAAAGCGGUAGCCAGAACAUCUGCUGUCCACAACCUGGCUGUGUAUGUGGCUCAGGAUUGUACAGUGUACAAAGAGGAUGUGGUGCAUCUAUGUGACUUGUCACUAAGCCAGACUCCCCCAGAUCCUUCCAGCCAACCCUGGAAGUCUGUGAUCAUACUGGUGCCUGUACGGCUGGGAGGGGAGGCCCUCAACCCGUCCUACAUCGAAUGUGUCAAGAACAUCCUAAAGCUGGAUUGUUGUAUUGGAAUCAUUGGAGGCAAACCGAAGCAUUCACUUUACUUCAUUGGUUUCCAAGAUGAGCAGCUGCUGUAUCUAGACCCUCACUACUGCCAGCCUGUGGUGGAUGUGUCACAAGUCAACUUCUCCCUGGAGUCAUUCCACUGUAGCUCUCCAAAAAAGAUGCCCUUCAACCGCAUGGAUCCCAGCUGUACCAUCGGCUUUUACGCCAAGAACAAGAAGGACUUUGAGUCUCUAUGUUCUGCUGUCAGUGAGGCCCUGUCAUCAUCGAAGGAGAAGUACCCCAUCUUUACCUUCGUAGAGGGCCAGGGUCAGGACUAUGGACUGGAGGGUCACAGCAGCAAUAACAGUGGACCUGCAGCCCACAUUCUGCCCCCGGGCAAACUGGACAGGAGUAACAACAGAAGGAACAGUGAUGAGUUUGUCUUCCUGUAAGGCACUGAGGAGGAUGUUCUCUCAUCUCUCACCAAUAGGGGCAGAAGAGGACAUCUCAUUUCCUCUCAGGACUAGAUUAUGUUGAUGGUGCAGCUACAAGGUGGACGCUUUAUCACCUUCACUGGUCAACGAAAAUAAAAACUCGGUGGCUUCUGUCAUCACCUUUUGUGUGGAUGGGUAUUAUAAGCUAACAGACAUUAAUGGGUACUGGCUGGAGCAUUAUGUUUCUGGGCCAAAGGCAUGAUUUCAAAAUGGAUCAUGGCUAGAAAUGUUUCAAGUACUUGAAGUGUUCUUGAUUCACUUUGUCAGACACCUUAAAAGCCUCAAAGUUGAGCAUGUAUGACUAAAAUCAAGUGCUCUUAAAGUACUCCAAUUACACUCAACUACUGUGUUUUUGUCCUGGUGUGAACUGGACAUACUGAGUGGUGAUGUGUGCUCAACAUGAUAUUUAAUUAGCUCACUGGUCAAGUGGAAGAGGGGGUGCCUGACAUUGUUCUUGUAUUAUAUACCACCUGCUGUGCAUCUCAUUUUUACUUGUCAUUCUUUACAUUUAUUUAUCAGGUUUAUGAAUGUGUGUGAGCGAGCGUGGGGAUAGCGCAGUUUGUUUUGUCUUUAAUAAUUGUACUGAUAUAUGUAUUCAGGAGUGUUUCAUAUUCUUCCAAGAGCUACUUGAACAGAUUUAUAUUCAUUCUUGUGUAGAAGUCUGUCCUGAACAUCACACAGAUGAACAGGGUUUUGAUCUCCCAAAUUCUUUGGUUCUCCAUUAUUGAUCAUUGCUCCUAAAGCUCCCAGGUUGGGGUGAAGAGAAAUUAUCCCCUUUAGUUGGAGAUAGGUGUUUAUUUUUAUCUGGUUAACUGUGGCUUGUCCUGUUAAACAGGAUUACAAUCUGGGUACAUUUGCGAAGUAAAACCCAGAACCUUAACUUAGUUAAAAAGAAGUGUCCUAAAUUAAGGUUCUGGGUUUUACUUGGCAAAAUUGUACAGUCAAUAAGACCAGCCCAAGCUGAAUGGAAUUUUUUUUUUUUCUACUUCAAACUUCUGUUGCAAUGUCAUUUGUGUUAUGUUUGUCCCUUUUUACGUGACGGCUACUUCUGCAACUUGCACUACUACUGUUAUUUGGUUUGUUAUCCUGAUUAAACUCAAACACUGGAAUCACA